AUGUCCGAGUACGUGACCGAUGAGCAGGACAUCCCAGUCCAGGACGAUAUCCAGGACAUCGAGGAUCCCAUCGAUGAGGGCACGGCCAACUCUGAUCAGCAGCUUGCCAACGAUGAGAAAGAGGCUAUCGAUCGCUCCAACAUUAUCAAUGAGCGGACUCGUCACGCAAAGCCCCAGACCGACAAUGGAUACAAUGAGGGUCCUUCUGAGGAUGAUCUCCCCUAA